UAUUAUUUUUUACAGUGUGUGUUUACUGUAUGUGAUUGUGUAGUUGUUCAGCAGUAUAGUGUGUGUUUCAACAUAGUGAAUGACAUGAUUGUUGUACCGUAGUAGAUAUAGGUGCUGGAUGAGUGUUUGUGUGUGUGUGUGGUAGUGCUAGUUUGGUGUUUGCUGGAGAUUUUUUGCGGCAUUUGUGUGUAUGUAUGGAAUGCACAUUUUCGUCUUCCAGUGUUAACUGUGUUGUAGAGCAUGUAUGUGUGCGUAUGUGUGUGGUAAGUGUGUGUGUGUGCAUGCGUGUGUGUGUGAAGUGUUGUCCUUCUCUCUCGCAGAUGGCUGGCUAGAGUUUGCUCGGUUGAGGGCAGAGUUUGCGCCCCAGGCGAACGGUUGGGGCUCCUUCUUGCCAUGGCACCGCUACUUCCUGUGGAGUGUUGAGCGUGCACUGCGGAAUGCCUCCUGGUGUGGCGUCUCCAUUCCCUACCUGGAGUGGACGGUGGACGCCGGUGCUCCGGAAUCUUCCGCGGCCUGGCAGGCGAACGUCCUUGGCGGAGACGGCGACCAGCACAACGAAUGUGUCUGGCUCCACCCCUUUCAGCCGUCAUCGUUGUCUGGGCAACCGCAACGCUGGUCACCAUGCCUACGACGUCGCUUCAACGCCAGCGUGUCCCUCCCCGACGCCGUCACCAUGCAGCUCAUCACCAUGGAAACGGACUUCCUGAAGUUCUCGGCGCGUUUGCAGGCGGCCUCCGGCCUCUUCCUGCUCUGGGUUGGAGGUCACAUGGCCACACCCUUCUGUGCUUAUGACCCUGCCUUCCUGUCCCACGCCGCGUUCGUGGACCGCUUGUGGGAGUUGUGGCAGGAGAGACGGGCAGCAGCAGACGUCAUGGCUGGCACCAUUUCCACCACCUCCUCUAGUUCCUCAGGGGGGCUUCCUGGUCCUGACUGGUACCCAGAAAAGCUGAGGUUUGUGAGGCUGGAGCCUUUUGGAGUCUCCAUGGAGGACAUGUCCAGCCAGAGGCUCUGCACCAUCUACAUCCCCAUCUCUCUUGGAUCACCGUGCAACCACACGGACACUCGCACCCACCACACACAUGCAGCCAGUGAUCAGAGCUCACAUCCACACAUGUCUCAUACAACAGUAGUAGGAGAGAGUGAGGAGGAGGAGAGAGUGUUUGACAGGCGAGGAUUUGACGCUGAAGGCUAUGACCGCAGUGGUUAUGACAUCAUGGGCUGGGAUCGUCAUGGCUUUGCCAGGGACAACUACAACCGGGACCACGUAGAUCGUCAAGGUUACGACAGCUUCGGUUUCGAUCGCUAUGGUUUCACACGUGCCAACCUCACGUCCUUUGGCCUUCGUCGCAACGGCAAGCUCCUUCUACCGGCGCUCGGCAACCGGCUGAUGGACCAGCUGUUUCCAGAUGGCUUCAAUCGCUAUGGUUACAGCCCGUUGGGACUUGAUCAGCGGGGGUUUGAUGCUUUUGGCUUCAGCAGGGAAGGAGUGGACCAAGAUGGUUGCAACUUCUUCUUCAGUGGGCCGCACUACCUGCGUUUCUACUUCCACGCCCUGCUGAACAUGAGCCUUCUCCCUCCCCGCACCUUAGCACACACACCCCGCAUAUGCCCACCAAUCAGCCCUCUGCCCGCCCAUUGGGUCAAUCAGAACUGGGUGGGUGUGAGCUCAGACAAGCAGGAGGAGGGCUGGAGUACCCUGAUUGGUGUCUUGGUUGAGGAGUGGGCCAAUCAGAGGCCGUUCCAGCAAGACUACAACCCCAAUGUGUCACCAGUGAAGAAGAAUGGCCUUUGGCUCCCACUGACUCCAGAUCUGAGGUUUUGCUUCGCGUGGCAGUGGUACUCUGGCUGUCCCUUUGGCUCGGCCCUCAUGACCUGCCCUGACCUCUGUCAAUCAGCUCAUUGCCACGGGCAGCCCAGAGCCGUGUGCCGCAUGAUCACAUGUGGUGAAUGCCACACCCAGUGGGUGGAGCCUAACAGUGGACAGCCAAUCGAAUGCCAGGAUGGGUGAAAAUUCACAAAAGGCGUAAAAUUGCUCAGACACAAAAUAUGA